GUGGCCGGCGAGUAAGAAGGGCUUGUUCCUGGAGUGGAGAUGGCGGCCCUUGCUCCGCUCCCCCCGCUGCCCCCGCUGCCUCUACAGUUUAAGAGCAUACAGCAUCAUCUGAGGACGGCUCAGGAGCAUGACAAGCGGGACCCUGUGGUGGCCUAUUACUGUCGUUUGUAUGCGAUGCAAACGGGAAUGAAGAUUGACAGUAAAACUCCUGAAUGUCGUAAAUUUUUAUCAAAGCUAAUGGAUCAGUUAGAAGCUCUUAAGAAACAGUUGGGUGAUAAUGAAGCUGUUACUCAAGAAAUAGUUGGUUGUGCCCAUUUGGAGAAUUAUGCUUUGAAAAUGUUUUUGUAUGCAGAUAAUGAAGAUCGUGCUGGGCGAUUUCACAAAAACAUGAUCAAGUCCUUCUAUACUGCAAGUCUUUUAAUAGAUGUCAUAACAGUGUUUGGAGAACUCACUGAUGAAAAUGUGAAACACAGAAAGUAUGCAAGGUGGAAGGCAACAUAUAUUCACAAUUGUUUAAAGAAUGGAGAGACUCCUCAAGCAGGGCCUGUUGGGAUUGAAGAAGAUAAUGAUGUUGAGGAAAAUGAAGAUGCUGGAACAGCCUCUCUGCCCAGUCAGCCACCUCAGCCGUCAUCUUCAGCGUAUGACCCAAGCAACAUGCCAUCAAGCAGCUAUACUGGAAUACAGAUUCCUCCCGGUGCCCACGCUCCAGCUAAUACCCCAGCAGAAGUGCCUCAUAGCACAGGUGUAGCAAGUAACACUAUCCAGCCUACUCCACAGACUAUUCCGGCCAUUGAUCCUGCACUUUUCAAUACAGUUUCCCAGGGAGAUAUCCGACUAACACCAGAGGACUUUGCUAGAGCUCAGAAAUACUGCAAAUAUGCUGGCAGUGCUUUGCAGUAUGAAGAUGUCAGCACUGCAGUGCAGAAUCUACAGAAGGCCCUCAAGUUACUGACUACAGGCAGAGAAUGAAGCCUUUGUACAACAUCCAUGCAUUUUUGGCUUAAAGAACUAACAGUCCACUACUCUAUCUUCAGCCUAUCAGGAGCAUAUUUUAAGGAAGACUUCAGUUCCAUUGACUAUAACAAUGGAAUCUGUGUCUGUGUAUCAGAUUCCUGUUGAAGCAUUCAUCAGCAGCCUCAACCAGUUUUCAUUGUCCAUUUAGUGGAUUCAGUAGUCUCUGGGUGUAUAAGGCUGAUGUGAGCAAGGUCCUAAAAAUGCCCAUUUGAACCCUGCUUGUUCAAAAAAUGAGAACACACUUCUAUAAAAUGUAUUGGGAAUUAGCUUUGUAUCUUAAUCUACGUAAAUUAAGGAAUUUUUUAAUCUAUAAUUUGGACAAACAGACCAUAUUACUUUGCUAUAAAAUUCUAAAUUUAACUUUUAAUAAAGAUUGCCAGAAUAUUCUAGAAAUGUUUUUGUUUUCCUCAGGACUUCUGAAACAGAUACGAACAUCCUAAACUGUUGAAUCUGAAAGAGAUUAUGUUCAAAUUUCAAUUUAUAUUCAUAUUAAAUAUAGCUACAUUAAAAGUUAAAAUGUUCAUGGAAGGAAAUGUAAUAAGGUAAAGAGGUAGAAUCAGUUUUAGACGUAAGAGUAAUGUUGGUUGCUCAACUGUUUUUCCUUAUUCAUUGAUGCUUAAGGUGAAUUGGUAUUUGCUUCCUAGGCAGUUUGACUGCAUGUGUUAGAGAAUGAAAACAAGACAUUUGUAAUAAUGCCUGGAAACUUGGUGCUUUGAGUUAAGGUUCUCCUCUGCUGCUAUGGAAUGGAUUCCAUAGAGUGAAUAGUUAUGAAUGAUGCAGAAGAUUAUAAAAACAUAGACUCUCAGUUGUUAAGUUUAUAAGUUAUGUGGGAAUUAUGGACUUCCUAUGUCACCUGCAUUUGUGCUGUUUAAAAAAUAAAUACAAGGAUUCUUCUAACUAAUUCAGUUUAUCACAGAGCCAAAUGUGAUUUUGCAUGCUAAAAUUGUCACUUUUCUAAAGUCAUUAUUUUUAGUUAUAAGAAUAUAAAGAGAGAGAAAUUUGGCAGAUUUACCUAAAUUAUCUGGUCCAUUUCAUUCAUUCCACUAAUAUUGGGAAUCUUUUAACAUAGGGGUCAGCAAACUAUGGUCCAUGGGCUGGCCAUUUGUGUAAAUAAAGUUUUAUUGAAACCAAAUAAUAGCCAUUUAUUUAUGUUUUGUGUUUGGUUGCUUUCCACGAUAGCAGAAUUAUAUGGCCUGCAAGUCUAAAAUAUGUACUACUUGGCCCUUUAAGGGAAAGUUUGCUGACCCCUGUUCUGACAGUCUGUUUGAAAGAAAAUGAAUCAUUAUCUCAUAAUCUCUUAUGUCCUCCUAUUUUUCUUUGCAUAAGUGUAAUGUUAUUUAUAUAGAGUUCGAUAGAAUGAAUAUUGACAGAAUAAACUGUUCUAAAUUAUUGCAAAAACAAGCCCCCCAAAAACAUGCCUCCUGAAAAACAUUUUCAUAUCUUUCACAGCUGAAUUCUUAAAACAUUUGCAGGGUUCAACAUUUGCAUCUGGAAUUCCAGGACUCUGAUAUAGUUCUAUAGAAGUUUAUUGAAGUAGAAAAAUGACUAGGGUGAUAUUUCAUGUUAUAAAAGAUAAAUGUAAAAUACAGUUCAGCAAAUUUUAAUUCAAAUCCUAACAUGUCUGGCCACUAGGAAGAAAACUGUCACCUCUCAUUUCACACCCUACCUGUUGCUCCCAGUUGGGAGAGCACAUGGAGGGGAGAAGAUGCUGUGGAAACCACGGAGUCCACUGAGAAGUGAGCUGUGAUGUAGCAGAAAUCCCAGUUGUUUUGUGGCCCAUUACUUUAAAAUGCUUUCUUGCAUAAAGGGAUUGAACUAUAAAGAGUUUUUUAGCUUUCAUCUGCAUAUAAAAUCUGACAGGAGAAAGUUAGAAAUUUUCUGAUGUAACACUAGGGUAAAUAGUUUUCAUUUGGUCAGUCAACAUGUAUUUAUUGAGCAGCUACUAUGUGCCUGGUAUUGUCCUUUGCAUGAGGAAACAGCAGAAAACAAGAAAAAGAAAUCCCUGCCUCAUAGAGUUUUAUUCUAAUGGGAAGGAAAUGGACAAACUUAAUAAAAAGUAUAUCAUAUAUUCUAUUCAA